GGGGGCAGAAGUCACCAGCCUCAGCGUAAUUCUUGUUACUGUUAACCGCCGGGAGUGGGGGGACGGGGGCCCCACUUAAUGUUCGCCCCUCACUUACCCGGAAAACGCGGAACUAGCUCGGUGUCAGUUCCACCUCACCAAACUCCGCGAGAAGUUAGUGAAAUUACGUCUCGGGUGUAGAGGAAGGAACCGGGCGACACGGGAGGAAAGUGACGCUACCUCCGCUGCACAGCUGGGAAAUAACACCGGGAUUCGAAUGGAAUCCACAGCCAGAGCCCAACCGGUGUCCCACAGUCUCCAGAGUCCUCCAUCGGGGAGACACGGGGACACCUAAGAAGGGGCCGUGACCUCUCGCCCAAACGGAGCGCGUCUUCCCUAACGGCCGCCUCCGCCCGCCCCGCAAUCUGGGGCGGCCCCGUCCCCCCGCGGGCCUGCGCGCGAGCGCCCGGCGUCCAGAGCUGGACUUCGUGCCAGACCGCCGUGCCUCCUGACACGCGCGCGCCCCCGUGCUGGCGUCUGUCACCGGCAAACGCCCGGCCGACAUCGGCUGACUGGCAGGGCGCCCGUGCCGGCACUUCUCAGAAGCAUCUGGGCCUCAGCGAGCCAGCGUCCUCAGACCUGCGUUCCCUGAGGACCGGCUCGGUCAUUGCGCUUCCCACGACUCGCCACUCGCGAGGAAGUGGCGGGGCUUCGUGUUAACCGUGCCCGAGAUGCACGUGCGAACCUCUGUAUGUUAUGGGGUACACGCGGGGGAGACGUCACUGCGUCCACGGUACCCGCCGCUGUCACGUUUAAAACGUGGACUGCUUCCUCAAGCUUCCACUACACGCGACGGCACGUUAGCCCGCGUUCAUCUGCACUGCAGCUGGAGGAAGACCGGUUGACGGCGCACGCCUCUAUCUCCAGGCGGCAGAAAAGCCGAUUCCAACGUUUUUCCUCGCAGCGCUCCCCGCGUCCCUGAAAGGCGGGCUGGGCCCGAUCACGUGACCGCCCACUCCGGGCGGAAGCAGCCGCCGCGAAGCCGGGCCGCGCGGCCGGAGGCGAGGGGGCGGGCGCUGUGCCCGGCUGAAAGAUGGCCGCCGCCGCCCGGCUGCCGCCGCCCCGCAGGUUCGCCUAGGCCUGCAGCGCCCGCCGCCCGCCGCCGCCGCUUACCAUGAGGCCGGUGAGUCGCCGCACGCUGGACUGGAUCUACUCAGCGUUGCUGCUCGCGGUUGUGUUACUCUCCUGGGGAUACGUCAUCUAUGCAUCGACAGUAGCUGCACGGCGACAGCUAAAGAAGGAAUACCCAGACAAAGUCUUCGGGAUGAACGAAAAUUUGUAAUUCCUCUGGAUAUCAUUCUAUGCAAAUACAGUUCUUUACCUCGCGCUUAUCUGACGUGUCUAGAUGUAAAAUCCUCAAUACAAAGUUUCCAACUUUAUUUUUGUAUACGGUCUUUUAUAAUAGCUACUCACAUACCAGUUUUUCAAAUAGAGAUUUGUCUUUUACACUGUCAUAUAUAACAAAGCAACCUAGAGCUGACAGCCUUUGAGUAUCAGAUCAUAGAUGGAUUGCCAUGCUUUUCAAUCUAGAGUUUCUAAAAUAUUUUUUAAAUGCCUCAGAAAGCCUUUUUUAAAAACAAAGCGUGUGGAAUUUGUUCUUCUGUUUGUUUAUUGCAGCAUUUCAUUCUGUUGCAUACCUUCACAUCAGACUAGAUUAAGUACUGUGUAAGAAAAAAAUCUAUCUUGUAACUAAAUACUUUUCUAUAUCCUGUUUUCCAAGUCAAGAAUGGCCAGAAAAAGUAGGUGAUUGCUUCUAUCAUUUUUUAGCGUGCCCAGUUUUUACUUAUUGUCAAAUAAUUCAGUCUCAAGUGUUUGGGAAGAAACAGACAACACAUAUCUGAGAGUAAACUUUAUUAAAGUUACUUUUCCAGAAAAUAUAUUCACUAAAUGUGGUAAUGUAGGAACAAACUUGG